CGACCUUCUCGUGUGUCCCUCCAUCCCUCUCACGCACACCAUCAUACACACACAGACACCCGCACGCAGUAACUAAGUCACUCGCCGGUGAAACACCAAGGACAGCGCCCCCAGUAUCACCAGCAGCAAAUAGGUGAACAUUACCUCAGACCACACGACGCUGAACGCAGCCAGCAGCUUCCUGCCCUCCUCCCUGCCCACACUGCUGGUCUGCCAACGGGCCAGCAGUAUCACGCCGGCCAGCUGCGACUCGCGGAUGAAUACCGUGCUCAGAAUCAGGAAGCCGAGACCGAGAAACACGAGCCAAGUCGCUAAGUUCCAGCCCAGUGGAAGAAUCCACACCAAAUAGUGAGCCCAAGCGACGACAGAUACAGCACAGAUCAGGUGAGCCAACGCAGCGCGGCGUCUGGCGUCGUUCGAGAGAGGUGAGACCACCCCAAAGGCAGCAGAAAGGCGUGUGAGGAAUGCCACAGAGGCUGGGAAGAAGAGGCAGAAGGUCAGGCAGAGCCAAGCCCAGAUGGACAGAGGGAUGAGGCCAGUGAGGAAGAGGAAAGGGAUCAGGAACCACACGUUAUGCAGCAACACCGACACGUAGAAACCGAUGCUACGGAACUGCAUAAACGAAAGCAAAGACACAGAGAGGAAGGAGUCCGAUUGGCACCCACCACCCCGUGUGCUCCUCUUCACCCGAUCUCACCAUCUCGAUCUCGGGUGGCGCCUCGCGUGCCAGUGCGGCUCGUGUGGCCAUGCGCAGUGGUCGUGCCGCAACCUCGCGAGGUCGUCGUUCCGCCGUAGGCUGAGAAGCCGGCAAAUCUGGCAGCUCCACGGCGGACGCCAUGGUGGAAGCACCAGGUGAGGCAUCGAAUGGUCGCGACGAAACCGAAACAGGAGAGAUCUCGCCCAGCUCGAGGUCCAAUCCCACGGGCUUCACGGUCGCAUCCUCAGACAGAUCACCAGGUAGAUCUCCGAUGGGAGUCGAAGGAUUGCCAAGCACGCGAACAGCCAUGAUUGUCCAGACCUCCGAAAGGGAAGCGCACACGGAAGGUUGGUUUCGUCUAUCUGCCGCUCCUCGCUCCGGGGGGUUCACGCCUCUGGCCUUAGA